AUGUUAUUUCAUAAACUCCUAGCCCUCUUGGUUUUACCGCUCGUCUAUGGGCAGUUGGCGAACCGGACGGUGCCCAUCUCUGACGAAACUGCUAUAAGGAAGUCAGGAAGCGGCUGGAGUUCUGAUGCUGUUCCUGGUGGUCCUGGUGGACAAUGUGGCCAGUGGACGCGCACCAUCGGCGACUCGGCAACAUUCACGUUCAUAGGGACGGCUGUCUAUGUGGUCGGUGAUAUAACUUUCAAUCCAGCCAGCAUACAUGCAACCUUGGAUGGCUCUGAGCUGAGCCUCGCUCCUCCUGGUCCUGCUUUUUGCGAUGAAUUCGUACUCACAACGGAUGGACUCGAUAAUGUGCCCCACACGCUUGUCCUGACCUUCCAAGGUCCUAUCGCUGAAGCAGGAGGAUCACCGAAUUCGCUGGUCAUUCAAAGGAUAAUUUACACCGUUGACGAAAUGCCCACGACUACAUCCUCAAGCUCACCGUCAUCUUCAGGCUCGUCGUCAUCUUCAACAUCGAGCACAAUACCCACUGAGUCUACCACCACAAGUAGCACAACCACAGGUCCCACUCCAUCCACCGUCCCCUCCACAAGUAGUACGACCACAAGUCCCAUUGCGCCCACCUUCCCCUCUACCAGUAUCACAACUAUGAGUCCCACUACGUCCACCUUCCCCUCUACGAGCAGUACGACCACGAGUUCCACUACGUCCAUCUUCCCCUCUACAAGUAGUACGACUGCGACUCCCACUACGUCCACCUUCCCCUCUACCAGUAGCACAACCACGAGUCCCACUGCUUCCACCUUCUCCUCUACAAGCAGUACGAGUGUGAGUCCUACGGCGUCCACCUUCCCCUCUACGAUCAGUACAACCACGAGUCCCACUACGUCCACCUUCCCCAUUACGAGCAGUAUGAUCGCGAGUCCCACUGUGCCCACCUUCCCUUCUACGAGUAGUGCGACCACAAGUCCCACCGCGUCCUUCCCCUCUACCCGCAGCACAACCGCGAGUACCGCUACCUCCGUCUUCCCCCUUACAAGCAGUAUGCCGACCGCGACUCUCACUACGUCCACCUUCCCCUCUACAGACAGUACGACCGCCAAUAGCACUACAAGUGCGACGGUAGGCAGUAGUUCUCCGGGGAAUACUCAAGCAAUUGGUGGUGGUGAUGCAAGCUCAUCGUCAUCUCCAACAUCGAGCGCAAUACUCACAGCUGCCACCUUCCACUCUACAAGCAGUACGACCGCAAGUCCCACUUCAAUCGCGCUUGUAGCCAUUAGCUCUACAGCGAAUGCUGGAGCAAUUGGAGGUGCUGUUGCAGGUGCUGUUGUCGGCAUUGUGCUUCUCGUCGUCGCCUUUUUAAAAGCACAUAAAUUGCACUACGUUAUAUCGUCUCUGGUUUUCACUGCUUUUGGGUGGUACUUCUUCGGCAAACGUCAAUUGUACUUCCAUGCCGACAAAGAUGUUGGGCCAAUUCAGAUAUCCCUAUUCCUAUCAAACCAGGAAAAUCUUCACGACUCUGAAAAGGACGACAAAGAGGUAAUACUUGUCUGGCAGGUCUUUGACCUAGGACAUUCGCGGAGAGACUUCACCGCUUCAUGUCCUUGCACACUCCGUCAGACAGGUGAAACCCAACUUGGAUUUGGUACAGUUGAAGAUAUAGAGGAAAACGGGAUAACGUCUAUCAGGUCUCCAGAAUCUUCGCGAGCUCCGGCUGCUUGGAAUGGUGAACAUUUUGAAGAUGUGGGCGCAAUUGAAGAAGGCGCCCUGUUCGUCCAGAACAAGGCCGAAGAGUCUACAUCGUUGGUGCUUGGCACCUAUGAGGAGACGGGUCCGAUCCCCUUCAGGCCAUUUCUUCAGAUCAAGGAUGUUGGUACUUCAUAUCCAGCCAACACCAAUCUCUAUCUGCAUAUCUUCAUAACUAACGGGUACAGAGGUGGCCAAUACGCUCCCGACCUUAUAUCGAAGUUUCAAGCUGAUAGGCUCACCCCUAAUAAAGGCAUAAAAGUGGGCGACCUUUAUCCGGUCUCGCAAUGGCAGAUUCGCAAAGUGAACAGGAAAAUAAAACUUGAAUAUAAAGGGAACAUCGAAAAAGAGGACAGCAACGUCUGA